ACUCAUUCGCAUUUUUGUCAUCGAGCGUCGCAGAAUAUUUGACAGAAAGUUGUGUAAACCAACAAGUCGUGUCUUCACGAGCUACAAAUAGAAAGUGAAAAUUAUGAAAUAAUUUUUGUGAAUAUAUUCCAAAUAAUAUUUGCGAAUCGAAGGGGCACGCAUAUAACUAAAUAUAGUCAUGGCUAAGGAGACAAGCAAAAUGCUAAAUCCAGAAUUUAAAAUGGAACUAGAAGCGGCCGAGCCUGUAGAACCGCAUGCACGGUGGGGAUCUUUUUUUGCUAACCACUGGAAGGGAUGUGUUGUAUUCCUAAUGCCUCUGGUUUGCCUCCCUAUUAUAUUAAUGAACAAUAUUCCGGAGUACAGAUGUAUGUACAUCCUUUUGAUAAUGGCUGUGUUUUGGGUCACAGAGGCAUUGCCCUUAUAUGUUACAUCAAUGAUACCAAUUGUUGCAUUUCCUACAAUGGGAAUAAUGGGAUCGGAAGAGACAUGUAUGACCUACUUUAAGGAUACAUUAGUGAUGUUCAUGGGCGGCAUUAUGGUUGCCCUGGCAGUGGAAUACAGUGGUCUGCACAAGCGUCUAGCACUGAGAGUUAUUCAAAUGGUGGGCUGCAGUCCCAGAAGACUACAUUUCGGCUUGAUUAUGGUGACAAUGUUCAUAUCCAUGUGGAUUUCCAAUGCAGCCUGUACGGCUAUGAUGAGUCCGAUCGUGCAGGCGGUGCUUGAGGAGCUCCAAGCGCAAGGAGUCUGCAAAAUUUAUCAUGAACCAGAGUAUCAAAUGGUUGGUGGAAAUAACAAAAAGAAGAAUGAGGACGAAUUACCCUAUCCAACAAAGGUUACCCAAUGCUACUACCUAGGUAUUGCAUAUGCAUCGUCUUUGGGUGGGUGCGGCACCAUAAUUGGCACUGCAACAAAUCUAACAUUCAAGGGAAUCUAUGACACUGCAUUCCCCAAUUCUACCGAGAAACUAGAUUUCCCCACGUUUAUGUUCUAUUCGGUGCCAUCAAUGUUGGUUUAUACAGUGCUUACGUAUGUUUUCCUACAAUGGCAUUUUAUGGGUCUGUGGCGGCCUAAGAGCAAGGAGGCACAAGAGGUACAGGUAGGUAAGGAUAACGCACAUGUGGCAAAGAAAGUCAUUGAUCAACGCUACAAAGAGCUGGGUCCCAUGAGUAUACAUGAAAUCCAAGUGAUGAUUCUAUUCAUUAUCAUGGUCUUCAUGUACUUCACACGAAAGCCGGGUAUCUUUACCGGAUGGGCUGACUUGCUGCCCGACAAGGUUAUCAAAAACUCGAUGCCAACCAUUUUUGUGGUGAUCAUGUGCUUCAUGCUACCGGCGAACUAUGCAUUCCUACGAUACUGCACACGUCGCGGGCCUGUGCCGACGUCGCCGACACCCUCACUGAUCACCUGGAAGUUUAUUCAGUCUAGAGUGCCAUGGGGCCUGAUCUUUCUGCUAGGUGGUGGCUUCGCCCUGGCAGCUGGCAGCAAGCAAAGCGGCAUGGCAACAUUGAUUGGUAAUUCGAUGAGUGGCCUAAAGGUGCUCCCUAACGCAGCAUUGCUACUGGUCGUCAUUCUGGUGGCUGUAUUUCUGACAGCCUUCAGCUCAAAUGUGGCCGUUGCCAAUAUUCUCGUACCUGUGCUCAACGAAAUGUCACUGGCACUGAAGAUACAUCCUCUGUACCUGGUGCUUCCAGCAGGCCUCGCUUGCAGCAUGGCCUUCCAUUUGCCGGUGAGCACGCCACCAAAUGCUUUGGUUGCUGGCUAUGCGCAUAUUCGCAGCAAGGAUAUGGCGAUAGCAGGUAUUGGACCUACGAUUAUCACCAUAAUUGUGCUAUUCAUUUUCUGUCAAACCUGGGCUAUGGUCAUCUACCCGAACUUGGACACAUUCCCGGAAUGGGCACAAAUUGCCGCCGAGGAAGCAGCCAACAAGAGUCGCUUGCUAGCCGAGUUAGCUGUCAAUAAGGCGCACAUGUUGGAGCUGGCAGCAAAUGCGACGCGCCUAUUGACAAACAAUACUGAACUCCUAACAGAUCUGACCACUGGUAGUUCAAAUUUGGUGGGAGACCUGAUUGCCAAUAGCUCACAGCCAUUAGCUCAAUUAGCCGUCAAUGGCACACGAUUGUUAACUGAUAUUGCCUUAAAUCAAACUCUCUAAUUGGAGGUAACUAACUAUUUGGUUGUCUUGUCUAAAAGUGGUCACUACCCCACGAAUAACUUUGCUGUAUAAAAUAACACACAAGUGCCUUUUAUUAAAUAUUUGUACGAUCUACAACACAAUUAAGUAAAAAGUUAAAAAAAAAAAAUAAAAACAACUGAAAAGAAAGCUUAUGAAAACAAUUAUACUUUGGAACGAAUUUUCAAAGCCCAAAAAUGAAACUUCGAACUCAUUAAUUAUAACUAUUUUUGUGUGACACUAUUCGACUAAAACUUCCGGAUAACUGAACAUUUUUAUAUAUUUAUAAAGAUCGUGCGAAAGUUAACAGUAAUUAGGAUAUAAUACGUCCUUUCAGCAACCAAGCGCAUUUACUAAGAGCUUUGAAAGGUAAACCAAUUUAUGAAAAAUUACAUGUGUUAGUUUAUAAUUGCAUUUAGCGAAAAUACAAUGUUAUAUAUUCAUAUACAUAUAUAUUUUUUGUACGAAACGACAGGCAUUGAAUAUAUUUUUAUACUAUAUUUUAGGAACUAGACUGACGUAUCGUGGUUUUGCAAAUGUAAUUUUCAUGAAAUUAUGUAGGAACACUUGAAAUAAUACUAUUUUAAUCAAUAUAUUGAAUGCAUACAGAA